UGAUCAAAGCGAGCGGUUGUCCGGUAUCUCUAGGAAAAAUUGCGGUUUACGUUCAAAGCGCAAUGAUAGAAACCUGUGAAAAUAAGCAACAAAGAAAAAAUCUAUUACAAUAAAUAAGCAUUGCAUUUUACAACAGCGAAUUUAAAGGAAAAGCAAAUGUGAAUGUGCAUUAUAUAUCCAGUAGAAAAGUAGUCAAGGAAAGUGAAAACCGCAGCGACAGUAGCUGUAAUAGUAGCAGAAAAAAGUUCAGAAAAAAGUGCAAGUAACCGCAGGCAAUCGCCCACUUUUUACACACACACACAUACGCGUAUUCGCAGAGACGUUCCCGCGCCGCUGUGACGAUUGCGUGCCGCGCAUGCGCAGUACUUUGUUCAACUAUUUUUGCUUUUCAAAAAUAUUUCUGCAACAAAAUACGAUUUGGCCAUACAUCGUGCUAAUUUUUCACUAUUUACGCGUAUUGUGCGAUUGUUGUUGCUGUUGUUGUUGUUGUUGGUGUUGCUGCUGCUGCUGCUGCUUCUAUUUUUGUUUAUUCAUACAAUUUUCCUCAAUAUUUGUUCGCUUGUGACGACGUCUUGUGCAACAGCUAGCUCUGCGCAUUUUUGGGCGGAGUGCUUGCUGCAAAGCCGAGUUUCUCAAAAUAUACCUACAAACGAAAUAUUUCUUCAGACCAUAAGAAAAAAUAUAAGAAAAACUAAUAAAAAAAAAGAAAAAUAAUAUAAACAAAAAAAAACGCAAGGCAACAGCGACGACGAUGCUGAAAAGUGAAAAUACUAGUUAUCGAAUUGUUGGUAUAUGGCCGCUGUCAUUUGCCUUUUUACUAACACUACACCUGCUCGCCGGCACCACAGAUGCCUUCACCAUACUCUCGCCAUUCAGUUACACCUCGUUGAGCUUCAAGAAUCUGCUUAACUCGGUGUUUCUGGCGAGCAAUGCAAACUUGGCGGGCGGUGGUCGAAAUCUCAAAUCAGAUGUGCUGGAGGAUGCGUCGCUGAUAACGCCGAAGUUAAUACGAAAGUACGGUUACCCAUCAGAGACGCACACGGUGGUCACAAAGGAUGGCUACAUAUUGGAAAUGCAUCGAAUACCGAAACGUGGCGCACAGCCCGUUCUGCUGAUGCAUGGCAUAUUGGACACGUCGGCCACAUGGGUGCUAAUGGGACCCAAAUCGGGGUUGGGUUACAUGCUCUCCGACCUGGGCUAUGACGUGUGGAUGGGCAAUGCACGCGGUAAUCGGUAUUCGAAAAAUCACACCAGUCUCAAUAGUGAUUACCAGGAAUUUUGGGAUUUCACCUUUCACGAAAUGGGCAAAUAUGAUUUGCCUGCCAACAUUGAUUACAUCCUCAGUAAAACGGGCUACGAACAAUUGCACUACAUUGGACACUCACAGGGCACUGCAGUUUUUUGGGUUCUCUGUUCGGAACAACCGGCCUACACGCAAAAAAUCCUUUCCAUGCAUGCUUUGGCGCCCAUUGCAUUCAUUUCGGACAUGAAGAGUCCGCUCUUCCGUACGUUGGUAGUGUUUUUAGACUUUUUAACGGCAGCAACACGCAUGCUACGCAUUACGGAGUUUAUGCCAAAUACGAAGUUGUUUGUGGAUCACAGCCAAGUGGUGUGUCAUGACAAUGCCAUGACGCAGGAUGUGUGCUCAAAUAUCCUCUUCCUGGUUGCCGGCUACAAUUCAGAGCAAUUGAAUAAGACAAUGCUGCCCGUCAUGCUGAGUCACACACCAUCGGGAGCAUCGAUCAAACAACUCGAACACUUCGGACAACUCAUGAAAUCAGGUCAUUUUCGUAAAUUCGAUCGUGGCUAUUUGCGCAAUCAACUCGAAUACAAUCGCAUGACACCGCCCGACUAUGAUCUGUCCAAGGUGAAGGUGCCGGUGGCACUCUACUACUCAAUGAACGAUAUGCUGGUGUCGACAACGGGUGUCGAUCGUUUGGCACGCGAAUUGCCCAAUGUGAUUGACAAAUAUUUGGUGCCCAUGGAGAAGUUCAAUCAUUUGGACUUUUUAUGGGCGAUCGAUGUCAAGUCGCUCGUGUACAAUCGCCUUGUGAGGAACAUUAGACGCGUGGAGAAUUAUAAGCAAAAGCAAACGUUACAAAUUAAUGCCAGCAUACAGCAGUUGAGUGUGCAGUUGCAGCAGCAGCAGCAGCAACAACAACAACAACAACAACAGUUACAGUGGCUACAGCAACAACAAUCAAUGGAAGCGAAACAACAACAGAGAAGCGGAAAUAUGCGUAUACAAACAGACAUGAGUUUCCAUACAAAUUCAAAUACAAUCGGCAGCGCCACUCAGCUGACGCACACACGCACACGCACACCACACCCACACAGCGCGCUACAUGCGAUUUACGCUGCUGCUUUGCCGAAACUUAUGCCUACAGCAGCGACAGUUCCCAUAUACAUGACUACGCUGCCGCCGACAACAACGACGUCGGCAGCACCGACAUUGACAGCUGUCAAUAAAGAUUCAGUAACGAAUUUCCAUACUAAUCCGCCUAUUAGAAUAGGCGUGGAUGCCAGUCCGGAAUCGCCUGUUUUGCUGACGAAUAUACACCCUGUCUAUAAGCCCGAUAAGGAAGGAGGUGAGCCGGAAAGCGUAAGUUCGGAGAGUUUUACAAAUACUGAGACGACGCCGGAGGCUGCUACUACUAUUGUAGCUCAACAGGACUUUACGGCAAGGACAGCGAAUGAAGAGAAUGAUAAUGCCUGAGGGGAGAGCAACGUAAUUUUUAUUAGUUUUUACUUAGUUCUAAGUAAGGUUAUCUACUUUAUGAAUUUAAAAUUAAUUUUGUAUAAAGUUUAUUCUUUAGUUUAUUGGCAAUAUUGUAUAAAUUUUUAGUUUAAUAAUUUUUUUUUUAUUAUUUUUCAUCCUACUCAUUCGCAAUCACAUUGAAAUGGCACCUCUCUCUCCCAUCCCAGCUUAUCAUGAAUACGGCUUAAGCAGCUAGUACAGCGAACUAGAAGACGCCUCGGCUCUAGCUAUCGAAAAGUUCUUGAAUGUUCUUAUUUUAAGACUAAUUCAACUCGAAUCCAAUCAAACCUCCAACUGACAUUAAAAGAGCUCAAAAGUAGUCGUGUAAGCGAACCUAAGCUAAUGAUAAUUAAGUCCCCUUCAGCGUAACCUCAGGCUCAUAUUUUCAAACUGAGACAUUUAAUGAGCUCAUUCUUAUCGUAGUCGGCUAAUCCCAUUCCUAUUGAAGUAUCAAAAGAGAGCAAAGUGGAUAUGGUGGCCGUUGUAGGAGAGUGGCUAGCAUUAUGUUAUAACAAUCGGAAGGCCAAGCCUCCGACCAACAUACGAAAUUAUGGAAAAUUAAUUUUUCUCGACAGGGAGAGUCCGAGUGUCCCUCGAGUGUAUUUCUGAUAUAAAAUAAAAUUUUUUUCGCCCCUCGAAGGCAGCUGCGAAUAAACUGCAAGUCCUUGCUUUGGUUUGAAAAAAACAUCACACCACAAAUUGCAGGAGAAGCUCGGCCAAGAUUCACUUCAGUGGCUAUAAAGCGCCAAAUUAUACUUGUCUUUUUUCUAUUUCUAACUUCUUCUUUAAUCAUUGUAGGUAGACCAUAACUCGUUCCCAAACCUCAAUCCACUUAAAUUAUUUAUUUGUAAGUAAAAUAUUUCAACACAACCUCAGGGAAGACCUUUUACUAAACUGUUACCCUUCGACACUGUUGUCACCUCCCAAAAUCCUAUACUAAAAUCUAAUCUCCAGGUUGAACUGGUUCACCCUAGAGAGUCUCACAUAGACGAUAUCCCGACAUAAGUGCUACCGGUUACUCUACAAAGAACUGUACUGCUGCAAUACCUAUAGUGUCUGCGCUCUCGGCGAACUAUAGUAGUCGUUUUGGCCCUUUAGCCAUUGUAGUGCUUUCUCACUAAAAAAGAUCAGCUCCUAUCUGCCAGUAGCCGGAUUAUAACAGAUUUCGUACUCAACUGUCUCCGCACAUUCCUGUGCUUGUUAAAUCUAAUUUAAAGGCAAGUCCAACUGACAAGACCCCUUUAAAAGCCCUACUAGCAGCUUAUUGUCUCACCUCAUUGACGCUAGCACGCUCCCAAAGUCUGAAAGCUUCAGUUCCAAGAUCGUUUCUUGUGCGUACUUCGAUUCCCUGAUACCUUCUCAGUCUAAAAUUAAAACUUGUUCUGAUUAUACACCCUCUUUAGCCAGUUAAUCAGUUUUAUUAUAGACUUCGAUGUGCUAAUACCUCGAUACCCAAUAAAUGUAAAUUUUUGUUUUUCUCAAACAGUCUCUUUUGAUCGCCUCUUACAUGGAGCAACCACUGCUUCGUACUAUAUGAAUGCAAUGUCUUAAAGGCCGCUUGAACCUCUACAUAAAUGUAAACUCCCUUUCAUGUAGGCAUGAUCUUUUCAUAGGAUCAUCAUCAGGCAUUUUAUAGCAAAUAUUUCGGCUCGAAUGAUACGCAAUAGUUUUGACAAAUUCAAGGAUCUUCCCUCCUCUGGUGCGGCGUACUUAUCCGCAGCCUACUAGACUUUAUUUAGGGGAAUCUGUAAGGAAAUGCGGAAUUACAGAGAUUCAAAAGAAGAAAAAAUUCUUUCGUAUCUAUUUUGUAUUAACCGUUAAAAUCCUUUGAUUCAUGCGAUAACUUCAAGUGAAUAAUUUUAUAGAAAAAUCACGUCAGAAAUAUUCCAACAAUCUUAGAGACACGUGUUUUUAGAGAGAAUGAUUUGUAAAGGUUUUCAAAAACUAUUAACCUAGAUACCGAUAACCAAGAGUUGUAGAUCCGUUGUCAAAUCGGUUAAUGUGAAAACGCUUUUGGUAGCAUUUUCGAAAUAUUUUUCUUUUCAAUUCCAAAUUCAAAAUCUCUUAUAUCGACGUUUAUGAUUUCAUACUUUCAGGAAUUUCGAAAUCACAAGGAAUGUUUAUAUUAUCUGCAAACAUUUAAUUCCAAAAAAAUCUUUUUUAUAUUUUUAAGUUCUUCCUUUUUUUAUUUACAUUAUAAGUUUUUAAUUAUGAUUUUAUAUACAUUUUUGUACACUUAUUUUUAUAUUUUACGACUAAUUUAGUUUCGUUGUAGUAUAAAGGAGUAUAGAUAUUUAUUUAGAAUGCCUAAGUAUGACUGUGAUGAUAAAUAAAUAAAAAUCUAUCUACCGAUUGCUGAGUACCACACAAAAAAUAUACAAAUAAAUGUUACAAUAAAAACACCUACGAUAUGAAA